UUCGAACGAGCUGUAUUCGCGAUCGGACGACCGAGCCGACAGGCAGCGCGAGGCAGCGAACGGUCGUUCCACUUGAGUAAACGCGUUCAAGUUUUUCCUACUCGGGCCGGCAGACACUCACCACCAUUCCGUUCAUCGUGUGAGUCGCGCGCGAUUGGUCAAUUUCGUUGCUGUGGUGGCUGGCUAGGAUAACGAAGCUGCAAGCACCGUUUCACGUUUCAGUCCGCUCCGUUUCGCCGCUGCUCGAAGGAUAACGCGAAGUCGUCGAGUCGCCGAGCGAAGAUCGAGGCACCAGCUUGCGCAAGAGUUACCUCGCUCUCUUUCUCUCUCUCUCUCUCUCUCUCUCUCUCUCUCUCUCUCUCUCUCUCUCUCUCUCUCUCUCUCUGUCUGUCUGUCUGUCUAUCUAUCUCGCGGACGCGACCUGCGCUAGUUACACCCUCAUCGGCUACACCGACGUCUUCCUCGGGAAGACGCGCGGCGACGAGCGCGCGCGCGCGCACAAACUGUGCAUUCCUGUAUAAUGAGCUGCGGUGGAUACGCAGGACAACGCAACCGAGUAGCUACGACCAACGUGCCUGAUCAGUCGAGCCAGUCUCUACGUUGAACCUUCGCUCGUCCAGCCGACUACCCACUAUGGUUCACCCACGACGCAAGAUCUUAUCCUUGGCGAGUCUGAUCCGCGAUCAGCUGCAGCAGAGUGUGAGGUGGAGUUCGUCCUUAAAAGUCAAAGAUGAGAACUCCGUGCCACACGUCUCGCCUAAGAGGGACUCCUUUAAGUAUGCGGACCUGUCUGUGCGCCUCGCGAACCCGCACGAAUUGCGCCCCAAGCCUGCGACUAGCCAGUUAACAUUCGGCAAAUACUUCACCGAUCACAUGCUCAAAAUACAUUAUUAUGAAGCCUUGGGUGGCUGGCAGGCGCCGGAAAUUAUGCCUUUCGAAAACUUAGUUCUCCAUCCAGCGGCAAAAGUGCUCCACUACGCAGUAGAGUUGUUUGAAGGUAUGAAAGCUUAUAGAGGUGUUGAUGGCAAAAUAAGAUUGUUUAGGCCAGAGCUAAAUAUGGAACGAAUGAAUAAUUCAGCAGUAAGGUCUGGUCUGCCUGCUUUCAGAGGAGAUGAAUUAAUUAAGUGUCUUAGCAGAUUAAUUAGUAUAGAUCAAGAAUGGGUACCGCAUUCUACCGCCUCUAGUCUUUACAUUCGCCCGACAUAUAUAGGCAUCGAGCCUACACUCGGAGUUGGUGUAACCGAUUCGGCUUUGUUGUAUGUAAUUCUAUCUCCUGUCGGGACUUACUUUAAAACGACAGGACAGCAAGCCGGGGUCUCGUUACUUGCGGAUCCCAAGUACAUCAGGGCAUGGCCCGGUGGUUGCGGUAGCUCCAAGCUGGGCAGCAAUUACGGGCCUACGAUUCAGGUGCAACAGGAGGCCAUGGAUAAAGGUUUGCAGCAAGUGCUGUGGUUGUACGGAGAAGAUCACCAGCUCACCGAAGUCGGCACCAUGAAUAUCUUCAUGGUUUACAUAAACGAUGAUGGAAGAAAGGAGAUGGUGACGCCACCUUUGAGUGGCUUAAUUUUACCCGGCGUCGUGAGAAACUCACUUUUGAGUAUAGCGAAGGAAUGGAAUCAAUUUGACGUUUCAGAAAGAAACAUCACCAUGAAGGAAGUGAUACAAUUGCUUUCAGAGAACAGGCUACUGGAAAUGUUCGGGGCAGGUACUGCGUGUGUAGUUAGCCCUAUAUCAUACAUUCAAUUCCUGGACCAAGGUUUACACAUACCGACACUUGAGCAUUCCGAGCCGAUUUACGAGAUGCUCCAAAAGCAUUUGUUGGACAUACAAUACGGCGUUAUACCGGAACACCCGUGGAGUUUGACAAUUCAGUAAUAUGUGAAUAAUAAACUGGAUUUGUCCAGUUUUGAUUCUCAUCACAUCAAACUCGUUAUAUUUAUAUACGUUACAGGAUCUCAACAAAUUCAAGUCGCAAGUAAUAUAUCCUGAUUAAUCAUCUUCGAAAUUCUUAACUUCUUAACUUCACCUUAUUUACAAGAUCUUUUCAUAUCAUUUUCUGUCAUAAUGAUACACAUAUUUUCCUACUUUUAUGGUGAAUCUAAUGGUUUGGCCAGAUUUUUAACAUGACAUCAACAAUAAUUUUAACGAUGAUAUUCUAUAAAUAUUUGAUUUAAUUUCCGCGUCCAUCUUAAAUUUGUUGUUUCUCAGGUUUCGUGAACAUUUCAGUUCACUUCUUCAGAAACCCAAUUUCUGGUUUUUCCCUAAAAUUUUUCCCUGAUAAAAUGAACUGAAAUGUUCACGAAAUAUCAGAAAUCCAAAAUCCGAGAAGGAUGCAGCACAAAACUGGAGAUCAAAUCAAACAUUUCUCUAUACCGCGAAAGUUUAAAAAUAUCAGAAGAAUAUCCUAUAAAAUUGUCACUUUCGACUCUGCUAGAAAGAAAACAACUUAAAUCCGUAAAUAUUCAGCGACAUAUAUAUCUGUGUAAAAUCUUCUUAAGAAACAAUUUAAAUUAAUAUUUAUUUAUAUGACCCCUUCUAAUGAAGAAGCACGUGAAAGAAAACCUACUUCUAGCGUACACAGGAAGAACAAUUCUUUAGAAUUAAUGUUGCCGAUGAUUGGUCUCUUCUAAUUAAAUGUUAUAUUGGUCAGACCAAGUGAUAGAUUGGAUUAAAACACGAAGUGUUAAAAAGCAUGAUAUUUUUUAAUCACAUAACAUGGCCGAAUUCAACGGGACAAAAUUUAAGAUUGACCAAUCAUAUCAACCAACUGAUGUAGUAAGUGAUAGCAAAUCAAAUUCUUUUUCUUUAAAUAUUAGUAUUUUUUCCAUUAAAUAGCGUAGUUUAUUAUGUGAUAAAACAACGGUAUUCAUAGUAAAAUUGUACUCUUUGAAUCACAAAUGCGUCCGAGUGUCAAACGAAUAAAAAUAUCUAGAAAAAUCAUUCAUCUUCCUGCGUAGGUGAAAAUAAUUCCUGUUUAAGAUACUCUCUUGUAGAAAAAUGCAUCACGAUUUUUCUUACAAGAUGGUCUCACAUUUUAUACGUAAAGCUUGUGAUUAAUACACAAUUAGUGAUAAUUGUACACAAACAUUAUGUACAGAAUUAUGCGUUUACGAUUGUACAUAUAUAUAUUUUUAGUUUAAAUUUUACUACUAUGCGAUAUGUUAAUUGAUAGAAUCGACACUAUGAUGUGUAAUUGUAGAUUUUUUAAAGAUGCGUCUUCUUUUUUUAUAAUAAAUAAUGACGUAGAAAUUUUAAGAGCUACUCGAUCGCUUACUUCGCUAAAGCUGCUAGCGUUCAUGUGUGGUUUAACCGCGGUAACGUUCCGCGAGAAAUUACGCGGUGUUACAUACACACACACACACACGAUGCCAUAUGUUAAUCCCAAUCAAGCGAUACGACAAUGUCAUAAACAAACGAUAAGAUGUUCGGCGAUUCAAUAAACACGAUACAUUCUCGAUCGA